AUGGGCCCACAACGAUAUGAGCGGGUAGCAGCGCACGACGAAGAUACCAUCGACACACCUCAAAGCACUCAAGCGCCAUACUCUAUCCCCGCCUCGCCACCCCCAUCUUUCCACAGCCGUGCCUCAUCACCCGCCGCCGCUUCGCGCCGCCUCCUGUCCGAUGACCCGCUCGCCAACGACGCAGACGGCACGCUAGCCGACACUUUUGAUACGGAUACGGAUGAUGAUGAGGAUGAGAGCGAUGAUCGGCAGCGGCUCAUGCGGGGGAGCCCAGAGGAGCAACGGGACACCGACGACAGCACGCCGAGGUCAGUGAGGCCAGGCAGGCAAAGAAGCGUCACACAGCUGCCUGUCUUCAACACAGUGACUCCAAACGGAGGUCGAAUAUAUGGCGGAGGACAGAAUGAUGGCGUGUGGGCGAACCUCAGCGCGAAGCCGACAAGAGGCGAGGAGGUUGAGGAGAAGCCUCCGACUUACGAACAAGCCGCCGCAGACGCUACGCCCCCGUACUGGGAAACCACGAUCCUCGCCCCGGGCACCUUCGGUGACGAAGUCUUCGUUGAAGGCCUUCCCGUUGGCUCCGUCUUCUCCUUCAUCUGGAACGCCAUGAUAUCCAUGUCCUUCCAGCUCGUUGGCUUCCUCCUCACCUACCUUCUUCACACCACCCACGCCGCCAAAAACGGCUCUCGCGCAGGCCUCGGAAUAACGCUGGUCCAGUAUGGUUUCACGAUGAAGUCAGCUUCAAAUCUGUCACCCGGAAACGACGCACCAGGUGGUGGCUUCGAUGGCGGCGUACCCAGUGACCCGAAUAGCCACGACUUCGAUCCGAAUGCGCUGGGAAGCAGUGGGAAUGCGGGAGAGCAAACACCCACCAGUUCAGGAAUAAGCAGUAGCGAUUGGCUUGCGUACGGGCUCAUGAUUGUCGGCUGGUUCAUCUUGAUCAAGAGCAUAAGCGAUUUUGUGAGGGCGAGGCGGCAUGAACAGCUCGUAUUACAAUCACCGGAUCGGGGGCUAGGCGUGGCUAUUGUAGCCGAGGGCGAGAGCCCCGAGAGGAGCGUUUAG